AUGAUCCUCCCUUCAGCUCGCCUCCGACGCACAGUCGUCCUCCUCUUCUUCUCCUUCCUCAUCGGCAACGCCCUGCUCUUCCUCAUCCUGCCCUACGACAACCCGCUCGUGCUCGCGCUACGCUUCAACGUCUCCGGCCUCAAGAACUGGCUGCGCGGCGACGGUAUCGAGAAGGACGCCUGGCUGUACGAGCCCGCGCGGUACCCGAUCGACUUCCGAACCGACGUGGGACUCCUCAUCAAGACGGGCUACGGGACCCGCCACCGGCUCGCGGCGCAGCUCGAGGCCCUUGAACUAACACCAGAAGACUCCGAUGCGUUUUUGGUCGUCGCCGACUGGACCCCGCGCGGGAACGGCACCCUCGCCGGGGUGAAGGUUCACGAUGCGGUCGGCGGCGUCAUGGCCAUGCCCGAGAUGCGGAAACACCACGCCGCGCCCAAGUUCAAGGAUUACCUCGCCCUCAAAGACGCCGUCGAAAAGGGCGACGAGACCAAGGCCGAAGAGGCGGGGCGGGGUUUCGGGUGGGAUCUCGAUGCGCUCAAGUUCAUCUGGGGUCUGGAGUACGUCUACGACAACCUCCCGCGCAAGAAGUGGUACGUCAUCCUCGACGACGACACCUACAUCGUCAAGCCCAGCCUGCGGCUCCUCCUCGCGCACUGGGACCCCGACGCGCCGCAGUACAUCGGCAACGCGGUGGGCGACUUCAAGGGCCGCUUCGCGCACGGGGGCUCGUCGGUGGUGAUCUCGCACGAGGCCGCGGCGCGGCUGCUCUCCCGCCGGGACGUGCUCGCGGCGGCGCAGGAGAGCUCGCUGGCGGAGACGUGGGGCGACAGGCUGGUUGCGACGGCGUUCCAGAAGGUGGGCGUCUACCUGGACGAGCGGUACAGCCACUUCUUCAACGGGGAGCGGCCGGGCAUCUCGAAAAUCAUGGCGGACCGGUUCUGCUCGCCGCUGGUGUCGUUCCACGGCGUGGCGGACCCGCGCGAGAUGAGGGCCAUCGGGAGGGCGUUUCGGGAUUCCAAGAGUCCUGUUUUCUGGGGCCAGCUGUGGGAGAUUUACGACGCGCCGACGGUGGGGGGGUUCAAGAGGGCGCCCGUCCGAUGGGGGAGGGACUUUGUGGGGAGGACGGACGAGAGGUCUGAUGUCGUUGCCGGGGUCGGCGAUGCGGAGGCGUGUUUGGAGGUCUGCGAGAGCUUGAAGAAGAAGUGUCUUGCGUGGACGUGGGUGGAGGAGACGGGCGAGUGCCGGACCAGUCCGUGGAUGAUUCUGGGGGAGAAUGCACCAGGGUACUACUCGGGUGUGAAUCGUUGGGAGUUUGAGAGAUUACAAAAUACGUGCUGA